AUGUCUUCAAUAGAAUUACCAUCAGAAAUUUUUUAUCAUAAUUUGAAAACUUCAUAUAACAAAUUAGGUCAUCACAAAGAAGAAUGUAAAUUACUGUAUAUUCUAGGCGACCCCGAUUCAGAAAUUAUAAGUAUUUGUGAAAAUCUUGUACAAUAUCUAAAAACUAAUUAUGAAGUAAAAAAUGAAGAACAUUUGAAUGAUCAGCAUUGUAACCUUUUGAGCCUUUGGAUAUACGAACAGUUGUUUGAACAUUUCGAACAUAAUCCUAGAAGUGUUAUUGUUCCUUAUGCUAAUUUUAAGUUUGUUUUAAGCAAUGUUUUUACAGGUAUCAAUCAAGUACAUGCCGAUAAUUGCCUGCAUCAGGUAAAUGCAUUUAUUUCAUUAAAUAACUGGAAAAAGAGUAAGGAUCUUUAUGAUUAUUGUGUCGAUUAUGAUGAAGUUAUUAAAAUAGCUGGUUCUAGUUAUGAAAAAUGCAAGAUAUAUGAAGAAUAUUUCAAACAGAAAUCUCAACUUUAUGAACAAUUUGACAUAUUAUAUAUUCGAGAAUAUAAGAAUAAGAAUGAAGAUUUUUAUAAAAAAUGUAAAUAUUACGACCCGAAAAAAGCGAUAAAUAUAUUAAAAUGUGAAGAAAAAUUUUUAGCACAAGAAAAGACAGAAGAAUUUGAACAUGAUAAUAAUUUAUUAGUUGCUAGGGAAUUUUCUGAUAUAAAUUCUAAUUCUGCAAAAACAUUUGGUAAUUUGUUCCUGGGAGUAGUUGCAAGUUCGAUGAUAUCUGGCUUAUUAUAUAAAGUAAAUAAAAUUUUAAUAAAGACAUACCAACU